AUGAGCAAAAAGGCGUCAUCCAACGCAGGUCAUCAGCAUGGCCACCAGGCAUUCUCGGAGUUUAUGGAGCAGGCUAACAAUUCCACUACCAGUCUGAUUAGUCGACGUAAUUUCUACUUGGGCGCUAACGAGAGCACGGACAGUGUCUCCAGUGAUUGCGCCAAGGAGCCCAGCGAUUCUUCAAAUGGGUCCGGUGCACAAGGCGAUCUCCAGAACCCCCCAAACCUCCAGAACCCCCAGAAUCUACGGGACCCACGGGACCCACGGGACUCUCAGAACCUUUUGUUCUUUCCGCUUCCGUCUCCCAUGCCACCACAGGAUUCUUCAGAUUCGGGGUCUCCAUCUGGGUCAGCAUCGGGACCUCGAUCGAGAUCGUCAUCACGAUCCUUAUCCUGCUCUCCCUCGGACUACGAAAGUACCCCAGAAGUCUUUCCCUUGAACAGACUUAUCACAAAAGGGUUUUCAGUGGCCCAGAAUAACGCCAGACAUAGCGCUGAGCGCCAACAGAAUGAAAAUGAAGCCAUUCUAUUUACCACCAAAUCACCACAAUCCUAUUCUUAUGCACUAUUAUCGCCUAAUUCGCUCGCACUUCGUCUUAAGGUCCUCAAACGGUCUCUUGAAAUUCUUCUGGAACGACCCGAGUGGCUGAGUGGGGCUUCUCCUAUAGCACCUACAACAGCUGCAACUACUACGAGUCCUAUGUCUAUAAUGCCCCCUAUAGUUCCGGUCGCAUCUGCUUCCUCUACUGGCUCGCCUUCUUAUGGCUCUAUCCCACUACACAUGUCCCCCUCUUUUAUUCGUCGUGCAUCUACAACAGUCAACGUCAUGGACAAUGUGAUGAAGCUUGAGCAAACAGCGACAGGUUCUUGUCAGGCAACUCCAUUGGCUCAGUUGCCUCCGUUGACUACGGUGGCUCCAUCGGCUUCAUUGGCUCCAUUGUCUCCAUUGACAUCGGUGAGGCCAGCCACUGCAUCUCCUGUACUAGGCUCUAUACCAGUCGACAAGCAUCUUUUGGAAGAUCUCAAACAGAUUACUCAUUUUCUUGAGCACGGCACAGAACCGCAUAUUACCCAGGAUCAAGCCGCCAGGAUGAUUAAUCUUCAUAAUCUCUCACUUUCGAAUGCUGACGUCUCGAAGAAAACCAACCUUCGUAUACAGCUUCUCCACGCUUUGGCUACUCCAUUCGAAGAGCGUUCUUCUGUUUCUAAUUAUGUGGGCGGGAUCCCUAUGCUGCACUCGACAACUAGUACAAUUGGUCUUUCCACAUUGGAGGGAGCAGCUAACACUUCAUACAACCGCAAAAUGUCUGUUUCCUCAAUGAAUUCUACCGGCACCACAGGCACUACAGGAACGGUAGGGACCAUGGGUACUACAGGCACGCUUAAUGCCACCGUUGGAAAUGCUGGGCGCCAGUUUCAUUCAUCUUCUGCGGGAAAAACCAAGUCUCCGAAGGCCAUUUUUACCUGCGAGCUUGAGUCUCCCUGGAAGCUUCUGAAUUCCAACGAUUUAGCAUGUCUCGUGUUCGGGAUCUCUCGAAACUUUGUCAAAUCUCUAACACUAAUGGACUUGAUUGCUCCUCGGUCUCGAAACCUUGUUUUCAGCAGGCUUCAGCGCCAUACCGAGCAGGUUUUUUCCGGCGAGGUUAUAGCCAUAAAGCGAAACAAAUAUGAUAUGGCCUGGACUUCGCUAUGGGCCAAACGUAAAGAUGAUUUUACAGUUUUAAUCUUUGAGCAGGUUCCCUGUGAUUCUUUGGACAUUGUCAUCGAACGGGAUGCAUCACCUGGUGCUGUUGUACGCCAUCAAUUUAUUGUCACUUCUGCCAAAUCUUCAUCAACAUUAUUUGGACGUAAAUACACGGGACUUCAUCUUGAUGAGUUUUUGCCUACUGUCUCCUCACUAAUGAAUAGUGACAAUGUUCCCGAAGAGUAUAGAUGUCUUCUUGCAGGUCAAAGAGAGGUGGAACUGAUUAAUAAGGUAAGAUACUUUACCAUUCAAGUCGAUCAUGAAUAUGCACCUUGUGCCGUAACGUCCGAGGAACUCGAUCCCGAUGAAGAUGACACAUUAGAGAUGCGUUUAAACAUACACUCUCUUCCAUAUAUCGCUGGAAGUUUUGUUAUCUCUUCCAAUGGCUACAAAGUUGUCAGUUUUAACGAGGCUAUAGCCAAGAACUUAUUUGGCCAUGCCGACUUCCAGGGCCGAUCGAUCGAUUGUGUGAUUCCAGGAUUUUCUCGCUUACUUGACAAGGCCAUUAAUGAUAAUCCAGGGCUUUCAUAUGAUGAGGGAAUUGUUCUUCCAGAACAUUACUGGAGAAAGAUGGCUGCGUACAAUCAGGGUAAGUCAGAUACUGAAAGAGAAAUAAUGUUUUUGCGAUCCACAGGAUUGGAUGGCUGCCAUAACGAUGGACAUAUCAUCAAGAUAGAUGUUCAAAUGAGAUUAAUAGACAAAGAUUAUUUCAUAUUGUGGGUGACAUAUUGCCGUGCUAUCACGGGAACAGCUGCCCCUACCACAAACACUAUUAAUACUACCACAUCCGCCACAGCGACGUCACAAGUGGGUUCAUCGAACAUUGAUGAUAUCUCAAAGAAGCUCGGAAAACUCAACAUUGAUAAUACUUCGUCACAGUAUGAUGCUGUCAAUGUUCCAUCACAGCUUCCUCUCUUCCCAGAGGUGGCGGGAAACCUCAAUAGUACAGACAUGAGUCGCUCUAGUACUUCAGAGACAGUUGCUUCUGAAACGCCGAAUCACAGAACAACUCAUUCCACAACAACUACCAAUACAGCAUCAUCGUCUUCGAUAGAUUUGGGCACGGAAAGCUCCACUACAACGGAAUCAAGCACCAAUAAUAUGUCUUCUUCUUUAUCUGUCGCAGAAGCAGAGGCUGCAAAUGCUGCAGAGUUCAAACUCCAACAUCUUCUCACUCAGAGUGAGCUUUUAUCCCUUGAAAACGUGCAGAUAGUUGAUAUUUCCAAUCAUUCGAAGUAUUUUCCAACUGAGAUUGGCAAGGAACGCCGUACUAAGAAGGUGACGGACUUUCACGUAGUGAAGAAUUUAGGUCAAGGUGCCUAUGGUAAAGUGGUGGUGGCCGUACACAACGGAGACCCCUACUAUAAGAUCGUUCUUAAAGCUAUUUUCAAAGAGAGGAUUUUGGUGGAUACGUGGGUGAGGGAUAAAAAUCUGGGUACAAUUCCCAGUGAGAUUCAGAUUCUCAAUGCCAUUCAUAAAGAUUUACAUCCCAAUAUUAUGCGCAUUGUCGACUUCUUUGAGGAUGAUAACUGUUACUACUUAGAGACUCUUCAGCAUGGAGAUCCUCCGGCAGUAGAUUUAUUUGAUUUGAUCGAGGUUAAGACAGAUAUGACUGAACUGGAGUGCAAAUACAUAUAUUUUCAGUGCUGCUCUGCCCUGGCUCAUCUUCACAAACACAAUAUAGUUCACAGAGAUAUUAAAGACGAGAAUAUCAUAGUCGAUAAGGAUUUCGUGGUGAAGUUGAUUGACUUUGGUUCGGCUGCGUACACUAAGGAUGGUCCAUUUGGUGUUUUUGUUGGUACCAUUGAUUAUGCCGCACCGGAGGUGUUGAACGGUAAACCUUAUGGUGGUAAACCACAAGAUGUCUGGGCUAUGGGUGUACUACUCUACACUCUUGUGUUCAAAGAGAAUCCUUUCUGCAGCGUGGAUGAGAUCUUGGAAGGUAAUUUAAGUUUUCCAAGAUUUCAUGAUAUCAGUGAGGACUGCACAGACUUGAUUAAAUCCAUCUUAAUCGAGGAUGUUAACGAUAGACCUACUAUGAAACAGAUCUUGAAGAGUAAGUGGUUACAGGGAAUGCAGUAG